AUAUACAAAGGAAAAAAAUACAUUGCGAAGUUUUUGAGAAGAUUCCGGCUUCACUCGGCGAAACAGAUUAUGCUGCCAACGAAAUAAUCGCUACAUUUUUUUACACAAGAACGCAAAAAUGGAUGAUUUUAAGUUAAUAAAUAGUAAGCCAACAGUUUUAUCAACGGCAAACUCAAUCAACAAGGUGCUUAAAAGUGAAAAAUCAAACCACGGUGAAAUCGAACUGCUGAAAAGCCUACUGAAAGCCGACAAUCCUCGAACGGUUCAACUGGCCGUUCAAGCUCUACUGCAGUUGGUUCGCGCGGGUUCACUGGAUCUGGGUCAGUUACUAGGCGUUUUCAUACCAGCACUAGCUGGUGUUUCCACUGCGAACUUUACGGCAAUUGGAAGCGGAAUCUUCGAGCUACUGCUGCUGGAUUUGCGACGUCGCUGCAGUGACCCGGCGGCGAGUUACACUUGCCAGUUUGAUGUCAGACCACCGCAGCAUCCGUUUAUAUUGCUGCUGAAUAACAGAGAGGUGAGCAAUAUGAUGUUUUUUACCUCUAAAGUUCAGGAAAUCUGUCUGCAUUAUGAUCAAAUAAUUCGGCGGAACAGUGUAGAAUUCCUGCGGCCCGUUUUUCUAUAUGUUUUCAAUCAUCCGGUGAUCUAUCCCGAAAGCCAGAAGAUUUGGCGAGCCUUGUUGAAAUGCACUGUCAAUAACGAGGCAGCUAUUGAUUUGAUCUACGAAAUUUUAGCGUGGACAAAAACUUCGACGAAUGACAAAGUGCUCUUUACAAAUAGUUUAUUACUAGAAGCGUUAGAUUUGUUGCCUUGUGAUAAUCGAUAUGAACAGCUGAGAAACGAUAUAUGUUUGUAUUUGGCAGCCAUUUGCAAGCAACUGAUUGCCUCAAAUCAUGAUCCUUCGCAAAACUUGCUCCAGAUCAUGUCCAUACUCUAUGGUCAGAAAGGCUUAGAUUACUCUGUUUUGUUAAUGAUAUUGGCUGACCUCUUGCAAACCAUAGCACCCGCUCAUGUUCUAGAAGUGCUAAGGGUGAUUAAUUUGUUACUUGAUCGCGGCUGUAAUCGGUUGAGCCAACUGAUGAUUCUAGAUGGCGUCGUUCAGCUUUUAGGACAACCAACUUUCGUUGAAAGUUACUUGGGACAAUGUGACAACAUUCUACAAAUUUGUCUAUACAACACUGAUAUAAGUGCGAAGAAGGACAUAACCACUUACAGAUCAGUUAACUUUCAUGUAGAUUUGAUUAAAUAUUAUCAUUUUGCAAAAUGGUGGUCGCAUUUCGAAAGCGAACAAAUCUCAUGCGAUAUUCUAAUAGAACAGCUGAUAAAAAAUACGAAAUUUGCUCGGAAAAAUGAUCACAUAUUGCGCGCCCUCUUCUACGACGAUAAAUUGUCAUACUCAGCAUGGCAAAAGUUGUUCGACUGUUUAGUCGAGCUGUCCCGGUCGGAUGAAGUCGUUGGAUCCCGAAUCCGCACACCAAUUCUGUAUGCGCUGGCGAACGACACCAAUCCACAGAAGCGGUUGCAUUUGUUGCAUGCCCUGACGUCGAUGGGCGCCAAAGAUCACGUACUGGGUGUUUUGAAGGCACUUUCCAAAGAUAUCGAUCGUUCAACCAGUUUGGAUUUGUAUCUACGGCUGUGGAAGGCAGAACCGAGAACCUAUCCGUUUUUGUACGAUGUAAUCAAGGACAAUAGCUUUCGCCCCGGCAGGGAGGAUCCGUGGGAAACGAUGCUGGCUAGAACCUAUACCAUAAGGGAAAUUUGUUUGAUCAAACCUCAACAGCACGGAGCAGAUCUGGUGAAUAUGUUCUCUGAGAUUCUAAACAAACCAGAUGACACUAACAACGAGGCAGCCGUAGCGCUGGCCAUAGAUGCAAUCGCCAGCCUUUGUGAAAACCACGUAAUUAACAUUGUGUCAACGUGGAAAGUGUUGGGAUUCAAAUUCACGCACGAAAAACGACCGCGCAUCAUUCGUAGUCUGUGUAAAUUUUUCACCAAUGUUGCCUCUAUCCAAGCGAAUUCGCUUGAGCAGGAGAAGCUGGUAAAUGAAAUCAUCAUCAAGCUGUGGCAGUUUGUUACCGAUUUUGACGAUCGUCUUGUAAUAGUUGCUGCGCUUGAGGCGCUGAAAUCGUUCCCACCGGGAAUGAUGAAUAUAUUCCAAAUACCGGACGUGUUUCGGCGAGGCAUUAACCUUCCCGCCGAUGAAGACGAUUCGCUGGAUGCAAGAGAAAUUCCCGCUGAAUGUUGGAUACAGUUGGUUCAGCAUGUGAAUUAUAGCGCAAUUGAGGAAGCUGGAGAUCUAGUAGCUACUCACAUUCGCAACGAGAUGGCAAACUAUCGAGGAGGAGUUUACUUUAAUCCACCAGGGCGACCUGAACCUACUAAUUUGAAACAUUUUCCAAACAGAAGCAUUCUUGCUGCGGUCAUUCAUCGGUUGAAAAAUUAUAAACACUCCCGAAGCGACUCGGAAAAUAAUGAGGUGUUUAUUUAUAAUCUGCUGAGAAUUGUAGCGAACAAGUAUCCGAAGCCAAUUCCACCGCUGGACUGGUGCUUUCUGCAUGAAUACUUUCACGAUUGCUUCGAGAUGAAGAAAUAUUGCCUUCAGAUUGCUAUCAAACAGAUGCCUCACUCGGGAACUGCCAAACGUUUGAUCGAAAACUAUCUGAACGAAAUGAUUGAAGCUGAGCACAUGGACGUGGAUGACGUACUGGUUGUGUUCGAAUCCCUCGACGUCGUCACCGAGUCCGUGCAGACUGAUAUUUAUAAACGAUUUAUCAACCUGGGUUUGCAGUUUGUACUGGAGCGUUCGGAGGACGAGAGCUUUAAAAGUCAGAAUCCGUUCGGGACAGCCAUUGGAUAUCUUAAAACGGCGGUCAGCAGGACGUACGAAAAUGAAGAAAAUUAUCAGUAUUUGUGCGAGACACUGGAGAAUCUGUUCAGCCGGUUCGAGGUUGAUAGUACGAUCUUCUCCGAUUACGUCGAAGUGCUAAGUGUGCUGCCAUCAAAAUACGUAUCAUCCUUGCUGAAACCAAGCAGUUGGAUCGACAAAAAGAAUUUAGAAAAAUUGCAAAAAUCAAUUUACUUACAGUUUUCGAUCCACAAAUACAACAAAACCGAAGUCGGCACCCACCUGUUGGGACUAACCGAUAUUCUACGAACGGUUUCCCGGCUAGACAAAACGAACCAGCAAGUACAGCACUAUUUUCAGCGAUCGUUUCUCGAUUUCGUUGCUUGCCUGGACGAUGGGCGCAGGGCUUUGACCGAUUGGAUAGUUGAACUGAUGGCGUACAUUCAAACCGAUUUGGCGGCGGAAAGUGAGACACAACCAACGAAAGAGAUUUUGUUCCUGCUGGAUGUCUUCAUGAUGGCAGUUAUUAGUUUGUCUGGUUACGGAGGAAUUUUGGAACCCGAUACGGUUGUUGGUUCAGUUGCUGAAAGGUUGGCUCUUUUCCCACCCAGUCUUGAGAUGCUGUUUCAGCAGAAUCUUUGGCGAGAAAUAGAAAAUAAGAUCUAUGAAUUUCUCUAUCAUUUGUACAACCACUCUUUGAUUCCACUUAACUACGGAGAAUGCCUUCGAAAUGCUCUGAUAAGCUGUAAAGAGCAAUCGUACUUCCAGCAGCCGAAAGUAUGGCCCAAAUUUGUUUCUCUUCGACGGCUGUAGCACACGGAAAUUGUAAGUAAAAUAA